AUGUCUUACAGAAGCAACAACUACAGAGGAGCAGAAACUACCACCGAGUCUCCUUCAACAGCAUCCCCUCCCUCAUGUCCCACGGAAUCUACAACUACUGAAGAGCCAGAAACUACCACGGAGUCUCCUUCAACAACAUCACCGCCUCCAUGUCCAACUGAAGUUAACAACUACUGUAGAGCCGAAACAAGCAGUAAGCAACAACUACUGAAAACCAAUCAACAGAAAUUUCCACAAACUUCAGAAGCUUCAACUUUAACAGAUGUUACAGCAUCCGAAGAGCCCUCAACUGAAACUUCUGUCUCCUCAGAAAUACCCAUUGAAACCACAAAAACAACUAGUUCAGAGGAAACAUCAUCAACGGAAGCCGCCUCCUCAACUGAGGCCACCACUUCUACCGAAAUUUCCUCUUCCUCAGAUUCUCCGUCUGAAACGAGCAGUGCAACUGGAACUUCAACGUACUCUACUGAGGAAAAUAUUACUACUUCUCAAGAACGUCCAGCGAUAUUUCAAGCACUUCAGAAAAAACCAAUUUCCUCCGAGGCUCCUAAUGAACGACUGAUGCAACAGAAUCUUCAACUUCCUUCUCAGAGGAAACAUCUAAAAAUCCCGAAGAAAUAUCCACAACUUCAGGAGCAGCUCUUCAACAGAAACUCCGAAGCUUCAACAUCUUGGAAAACCACAGUCACAACUGUAAUUACCACUUCCAAGGAAUUUUCAACUGAGACUUCCUCUACAUCAGAAGUUUCUGCACAAACUACUGAAUCAGGAUCCUCAACUCCUGCUACCGAGGAGACCUCUAAAAAUCCUUCUGAGACUAGUACACAAUCGACAUUGGCAUCUACAGCUGUAGGCUGUGAAGAAGGUGAUGUUGACAGCUCAUCGAAUUGUGAAUUAUAUACAGUGUAUCAAUGGUCAAGAGGUCAUUAUCAAGUGUCCCGAUGUGGGUCAACAACAUGGACGAGUAGUUCUUCUUUCCAGACCACAACUUCCCAGGAAUCUACUGGAAGCGAUACAACUGAAAAUGGUUCUUCUUCAGAAACAACUACUCCUCAGGAAUCUACAGAAAUAACUACCGAUAGAACAACUUCCAAUAGUGGUUCUACUAACGAGUCAACAACAUCGAAUGGAACAACGGAAAGUGAAACAACUUCAAAUGAAUCCACUGCAAAUGGAUCGUCCACAGAACCAAAUACAUCUAAGGGUUCGACGGAAGGUGAAACCACUACAAAUGAAUCGACUGUUAGUGAGUCGUCAUCGGAAUCAACUAGAUCUAAUGAAUCGACGGAAAGCGAUAAUAACUCCUCAACAACUUCCAAAAGUAGUUCUUCUUCUGGGACAACAACUUCUCGAGCAUCCACAGAAGGUGAGACAACCGUAAGUGACAUUACCUCUGAGUCAACCACACCUAAUGAAAACACCGAAACAACCAGCGAUAAGUCAACUACCGAACGUGAUACUACAGAAACCACAACUUCCGAAAGUGAUACUUCCUCGGCGACAACAAUUUCCCAAGGAUCUUCGGAAAGUACUUCCAAGGAUCCUCAGAAUCAACUACAAAGGCAUCAACUUCCAAAAGUGAUUCCACUACAAAUAAAGCAACUACCGAGCAUGGUUCAACAGCAGGUAAUACCACUCCCAAUGAAGCUACCGCAUCUAUUCCAAAUUCUUCUCCGCCACAACCUCAACUACUAAGGAAGCUACUGCAACGACCUUUAUAAAAACAUCUUCUGUAAUUGCAUCAACUUCUCUAAGGCCCAAUGUUUGCCUAAGCAACAGCAGGGAGUAUCAUGCGGAUCCCAGUGAUUGUAGCCGUUUCAUAGAAUGUAUAGAUGGUCUACCCAACGUUCUCAAUGUCCCGACUUACAUUAUUGGGAGGCACAGUUGGGUUCAUGCGUUAAGGGUGAUUGUCCUACAGACACAACUUUGCCAGUUUAGAAAUUAAAUCGUUUAAGGAUCGAUAUUGGGAAAGAAACUAGAGAAUAUUUAACGGAAUUGUUACUUAUUUAAAACAAUGAUUAUAAAUCGAAAGUUUAUUUUUUCAAUAAAAAAUCCCUUGAUAUAACUAAACU